GGAGGUGCAGGCGGAGGGCGGCCCACGACGCCCCUCGGGUGCCGGUGCUGCCCUCGGCCCUCCGUGCCAGCCUCGCCGCUGAUUCCUGAGGUUGGCAUCCAUCAGCACAGGUGCCAUGGCGCCGGGCCGGGCCCUGCUGGUGCUGCUGGUGCUGAGCCCCCUGUGGCCGUGUGGGGCUGAGCCAGGGCUGCCCUGGGGCGGGCAGUGGGUCUGGGGGGAGGCCAAGCCCCUGCCCCUCUCCCGUGGCAAGAGGGAUGACAGUGGGCAGGAGCCCGGUGCCACCGCCAUGAUCAGCAGUGACAAAGGCGAUGGUGUCUCUGUGCCACCGCCAGCACCUGGCACCAAGGCCAGCCUGCUCCUGGUGCCAACCACAGCUGAUCCCAUGGAUGAUGAUUCCCCCGAGCCUGAGCUGCUCCUGAGCUCUGCAGCACCAGUGCCCAGCACCAACUCCAGCCUGCUCCAGGCGCUUGCAGUGCCCACCACAGCCGAGCCUAUGGAUGAGACAGAUUCCCCUGCUCCUGACUUACUGGAGGACUCUGUGGCACCAACAGCGACCAGUGCCAGCACCAGCCUGCCCCGGGUGCCCACCACAGCUGAUCCCAUGGAUGAGACAGAUCCCCCUGAUCCCGAGCUGCUCCCAAGCUCUGCCCCACCAGCAGCACCCAGCACUGAGGCCAGCCGGGCACUCAUGGUGCCAACCACAGCUGAUCCCAUGGAUGAGACAGAUCCCCCUGAUCCCGACCUGCUGCCAGGCUCAGAGCCUGGCACACCAUCAGCAGCCCAAAAGGGCAUCCCCACCACCACCCGGGGCUGGCUCACGGCACUCAUCGAGGAGGACACAGUGACUGAUGGCCUGGACAGCGACUCCUCCACAGGGCCACGCUCAACAGCCCCCCCAGCCUUUGUCCUCACCAGCGCGGGCUACGGGAAACCCAAGAAAUCCGGAGCUCCGCCUGCAUCGACCCUCGCGGCCACCUGGGACACGACGCCGGUGGGCACCGCGGUGCCCUGGGAGCCCAGCGGGGCGAUGGGCAAGUGCCUGCUGGCCAUCCUGCUGCUGGGGCUGGUGGCCGCCGCCUUCCUGGUGAGCACGGGCGUGCUGGGGACGCUGCUGUGGCGGCGGGCGCGGACGGGGGAGCGCCGCUUCAGCCCCACGGAGAUGGUUUGCAUCUCCUCGCUGCUGCCCGACGCCGAGGCGGCCGCGGGCCCCCGUCCUGUGCCAGCCCGGAGGCACAAGCUGCUGCUGCCCGACGGCAGCUCCGAGCCCGACGGAGACAACCUGACUCUCAGCAGCUUCCUGCCGGAGCACUCCUGAGCCCCAGCGACGGCUCCUGCAUCCCGCAGCGCUGCGGGGCCCGGGCCCCCGGUGGAACCGCCGGCAGGGUGUCCCUGUCCCCUGAUGUUGUCGCUUGGACCACUGAGACA